AUGGACCCAUUCGCGGCAAUUGGCCUCGCAGGCAACAUUAUCACUUUUGUAGAGUUUGGGUUCAAACUAAUUUCCCUGUCCAAGAACAUCUACGAGUCAAAGUCAGGUGCCAGUGAGGAUAACAAAAAUUUAUCUUCUAUGACGGGACGGCUCCAACAACUCACUGCCGAGUUGAAAGGGGCCAAACAAAUUGGUUCUUCACGGCAGAAUAGCCCUCUUUAUGAUGUCGCUACUGAAUGCGAAGUUGCGUCGGUGGAGCUUAUGAAGUUGCUCGAUCAGCUGAAGGCUAAAGACCCAAAUUCUAGACGACAUGCGUUUAAAGCUGCAAUACAUAACUGGCGGAAGAGCGACCAGAAGUCCGAAUUGGAAAAGAGAUUGGAUCGUUGUAAACAGCAGCUAGGCUUGGAACUUCUCAGUUCGAUAAAAUCCGACUCGCUAGAACGCCUCGACAGGCUUCUCAAAAGCGGCCAAGCUAGUAAAGAUGAGUUACAGUCGCUUAGUAGGAACAUCGAAGCUCUACGUCAAGGUACCAACGUCUCUUGCCUUAGUACCGAAGCACUGGGCCAGAUCCGGUCAUUGGUUCAACUAAGCGAUGAGGCUAUCUUGAAAACACGCCAGGCUAGGGUUCUAGACGCACUACGCUUUCAACUGAUGAACGAAAGAUUCGAAGAUAUCGAAGAAGCUCAUGAGAGAACCUUCGACUGGAUUUUCGACAUUAGUGCCACUGAUGUAGUUAAAGACGACAAUACUGAACCCGAAAUGAGUGAUGACGAUGACGAAUACCCAGAAGACCACAGUGAUCACGAGAUUAAUAAUGAAAGUCAUCGAAGUCCGAGCUAUACCUCACAACGGUCAAAUAAAGCUAGCAAAGCGGGUUCUAUCAGGUCAACUCUUAGUAGCGAUAUCACAAGACCGGUAUACACUACCAAAGAGAGUGGCCAUGAUUCUUCCUCUGUCACUCACGAUCUAGAAGAGCAACUAAGUGAUAGCUCGAGCCUUAGUUGGGGCAUGGAAGACGAUAGGUUGUCCAUAGCGGAGAGUGAAAACUCCGUCAAACUUUUAGAAAGACCUCGGUAUGCUUCAAAACCAUUACUACCCGUUAUUUCAAGCGUAGAGGAAAUGCCUGAAUCAACAUGUCAGGUCAUGACCGAAGCCAGGGAUAACUUUAUUACUUGGCUCAAAAAGGGCACAGGAAUAUUUCACAUCUCGGGCAAGCCAGGUUCUGGGAAAUCGACACUAAUGAAGUACCUUGUUCGGCAUCUCAAAACAAAGGACUACCUAGAAAUGUGGGCAGACAAGAAGAAGCUCGUGCUGGGUAGAUUCUUUUUUUGGAAGCCAGGGUCUGCUCUGCAGAAAAAUACCAAUGGCUUGAUUCGAGGGUUACUGCAUUGCCUCCUCUCAGAAUGUCCUGAACUUGUGCGCCUCGCAUUCCCAGAGCAGUGGGAAGAAUCAAUGCAUAGAGAAAACGUUCACGUUGAACAUUGUGAAUGCCGGCAAGCAUUCGAGAGGCUCAUGGAAAACCAGACUUAUGGACAGCAUAAGUUUGUACUUUUUAUAGAUGGCCUCGACGAGUUCGAAGGGCACCAUGCAGACUUGACCAAGCAACUAGUUAGAUGGAGUAACGGAACACAGGACAUAAAGCUCUGCAUUUCAAGCCGGGAAUGGCCGAUAUUCCAGGAUGCUUUUAAGAAUUGUCCUAGAAUCCGACUGCACGACAUUACAAGGUCUGAUAUCCAGCGAUUCGUCAGAGACCGACUUCGCGAGAUGAAUCUCGAUGCCUUAGUGAGAAAUAGUGACAGCUUGAAUAAUGAUGACGAAUUAUCAAACACAUGCGAGACCAUGGAUUUGGAAGGCGACAUUGUUAGGGAUUCAGACGGCGUCUUCUUAUGGGUAUCUCUUGUUCUUCGGCAUAUCGAAAAUGGAAUUGCGGAUGGUGACCGGAUACAAGACCUCAUAAGGCUUGUCAGGUCUCUUCCCACUGACCUUGAGCCUAUGCUUAAACAACUCUUGGACUCGAUUCCUACCAAUAACCGAAGACUAGCAUAUAGCAUGCUCUCUCUGGCUUCCUUCGUCACUACACAUGGUAACCAAAUCUGCCUAAUGCAAUACUCGUUCCUAGAAGAAUAUAUCGAGAACCGGAACUUUGCAAUAGACUGGCCUGUUAGACUAUUCACGACUUCGGAGCACGGAGAAAGAUUAGAAAGAAGCAAAAGACGAGUAUAUGGUGUAUGCAAAGGACUUCUCGAACUACGUGAACCUCCCGCUAAGACUACAUACCCGAACAUGCUGGGGGAUGUGGUUCGCCUUAUACAUCGGUCUAUCGCAGAGUUCCUAGAAAGCCAACAUUUUAAGGCCGAGACGGAGUCUGUACUGAAAGAAUUUGAUCCUUUUGACGCAUUUUGCCAGACAUAUUUGGGCCAGCUGAAGCGUAUCCGUCUCCCUAUGGCCUAUUUCUCUCCCAAGUUAUUCUCUCUUCAAAGGUCCAUAAGCUGGGGCAAUGUUAUCGAGGAUAGUGCAGGUUUCUUUUAUUACCCUUCCCACCCAACUUUUCAACAAGAUAUCCUAUGGAUUGUUUGCCGACAAAACAAUCGUGAGCAACACCGGGCUCGUCCGCGCUUUAGUCAAUUCUUGGACCACACCUGCCGCACAGUAGCUAGCUUGAGAACCCGCCCUUGUAUGCUUCGUACCAUUUAUGAUAACAGGGUAAUUCAAUAUCCCCCUGAAAAUGUCAUCAUUAUAAUUUGCAUACUGAUUGGAAUCUACGAAAACCUUCCCUUAGAGGCAGACACAGACUCCGAAAUGAUAGACUUAUGUGCUUCCUGGUGUUUAUUUGAUAUUGGACAAAGCCAGCUUAUGAGCCCACAUAUUAUACCAUCCAAAGCCAUUAGAGUACUUCAGACCUUCCUUGACCGAGGUGCUUCACCCGAUUCUGUGAUGGGACAUAAUAUUACUGCGCCCGAGUUUCACCAUAUUCUUAAAGAUUGGUGCAUUUUAUAUACACCAAGUCUGGCUGUCGUCGCAUUGAUGCUCUAUCAUGGUGUAAACCCAAGGUUUGCUAUCGUGAUAAGUAGAGGUAUCUAUCAACCGCGCGACUUAGGAAGUUGCAUUUUAAAGGCACGCUUCAGAUCAGAAUGCCCGUCAAUACAGAAAGGAAACGAAGCAAGGAAGAUACAACUAGGAAGAGAUAUGCCAUUUUUGACAAUCGAGGCAUCCCCACAAACACUUAGAAUGAUCAGCAAUCACGGUUGUGAUAUUGACUUAAGAGCGUUGGUUUCAGUUUGGUUCCCAGAUCAAAGCCAUAUCUUGCAACCCGCCAUAGACUAUAUUCUAGAAUUAGGCGUCCUCACAAACGCGCACCAUCGUUCAGAGUUACAAUCCCGAUUUGGACCGCUUCUUCGCCCACUGUUCGAUCAAGAUCAUCCGCAUUUUGUUGGAGAGGUGCUGCCUCGGACCGAAUGGCCACAAGAGAGCAUUCAUUGGGAUUACCAUGAACUUGACUCCUACAGACUAUCAAAGAUAGAAGAGGCACAGUGGUGGAAACAAUUGGAGGUGGAAGAAUCAACCGCUACUUCUGUCUACGAUGACGGUGAUGAUGAUGACGAUGAUGGGGAUGAUUAGAACGUUUACGUCUAUUAGGGCUAUGGCUAGGUAGGCAGCUACAACGCCAGAUAGCCAACUUUGGUUGAUCGCAGUGGGAUUCGAACCCACUUACUACUACCGCUGUCUAGGCUGGGGUGGGUGUAGUUACUUUCUCGACUUUCUGCAGAGCAGCUAGAGGAGUGAUUCGAUAGAAAAUUUCAUGACUCUUGCCGUCUCUCUAUAGACAACACAAGACAUAGACGAUGAGCCGUAUGAUUGUUUUUUUUCCUAGCAUGU